AUGAAGCUAAUAAGUCAAGUCACGGGCAAUGGAAACAAUCCCGAGCAGCUUACACUGCUUCCUCAAGACAAGGAAGACCUUUUCUGCCUAUACAACAUCAUAAACACAGAUGACGAAGUCAUUUUCAAAAGAAUGGUUACAAGCAAAGUGGACAGCACUGGUAAAAAGAAGACCACAGAACUCAUCAAACUACGGCUCAGGAUUGUGUCUUCUGAGUUUGAGCCCCAGCACGAGUUUCUGAGAUACAAGGGCAUCACAACUGAAGAUGAAAGCGGAAGAGCAAACGUCGACAUACCUUUGGGAAAAUACUUCAGCUUCACGGUAGACUACAAAUAUUCGUUCACUUUGUUGAAAUACGACUACAAUAAUUUUGUUGCGAAGCAACUGAAAGAAGCUUGCAACUUAGAGAGUCGCUCGGAUAUCGCAGCGAUCGUUCUACAGGAAGGUAUCGCUCACAUUUGCCUUCUGAGCUCUUUCAGUACGAUACUGAAGAACAAGAUAGAAUACAGCUUGCCAAAGAAAAAGAGAGGAACUGAUGUUGCUAAAUUCGACGAGAAGGUGGAGAAGUUCUACAAAGCAACAUACGAAUCCAUGAAAAGACAUUUUGACUUUGCGCAAUUAAAAGUCAUCCUGCUUUGCUCUCCAGGGUUUUAUGCCAAAACUCUCUUUGAUAAAAUUUUGUCUUACGCUCAAGAGGAACAGAACAAAACCAUCCUUGCAAACAAAUCACGGUUCUUGGUUGCUCAUUGUUCUACUGGAUACCUUCAGGGUAUAAACGAAGUCCUGAAAAAUCCGGCAUAUGGUUCAAGGCUACAGGAUGCCAAAAAUUCGAAGGAAGCUUUAGUAAUGGAUGAAUUUUUGCAGCAUUUGAACGACGAUGAUUUCAAGGCAUGGUAUGGGGAGGCCGAGGUAACGAAGGCAUCAGAAAUGGGAGCAAUCGAUACACUUUUGGUCACAGACGGGCUUCUGCGCUCUGACGAUCUGAACAUGAGAAAGAAAUGUGUGGGUAUUACCCAAGAUGUUGAACGAGCUGGCGGGUCCGUUGUGGUUUUUAGCUCCCUUCACAGUUCUGGAGAAGAACUCGACAGAUUAACUGGUCUCGCUUGUAUUCUUAAAUUUCCAAUUCCAGACCUUGACGAGUUUUCGGAAGAGGAUAAAUAG